GAUGACGAUAGUGAUUGGUGUGAUUGUUUUGUGCCUCUCUUUGGGGAAUGCCACAAAGGUGGUAAGCCAGGGCAUUGGAAACAAACAAAAACCAACAACAAAUAGCUCGGGAUACCCUUUUCCUGCCAACCUGCCCAGCGAUCCCCAGGCAGCUUUAUCCCAGCUCUCACAGAGGAACCGUCCUUUACAGACGGAACAUACACCUGCAGCCCAGCAUCAGUUACUCCACGCUGCUGCCUCCUCAGGCAGUCCCACACCUCCCCCUUCAGCUGCAGCCCCCUCACAGCGCCCCAGCCCCGAGGCUCCAUCCCUCGGUGCCCAAAAUGCCUCAGGGCCGCUGAGGCGCCAUGGCCGCCGCUCCCGGCCCGCCAUUUUCUUGCGGCCCGGCGGGAGCGCGAGCCCUGUGCCCAUGGCAACACCGCUGCGACGGUUGGCAGAAGGGGGAGGAAGAGGAGAAGGAGGAGGAGGGCGCAACGAGUGAGGCUGCUUGUGCCGUGAGAGGCUGCCAUGCCAACAGCAGCUGCGGUGCUGCCUCCUACUCCGGCUGGUGAAGCAUUUUGCAUAGUAAGAGUCCCAGCUCCUAACGGAAGCUGCUUUGUGCAGGGCAAUGAUACAGCCUGUCUCUUGGGCAAGUGGGAGUGAAGUGAUGAUACACAGCCACAAGAUCAAGAAGUGUGUGUUAAUCUCAGUCUGUAUUACAGCAACAGUUCAACCCCUCUUUUCUUCUCUGUGGCAACCCCAAAUCUACCAGAGCACUAUAAUCCUGCUGCAGAUUACAUGAAAUUAGGCACAGGCAGGGAAACUGAGGCACUAAUACCUUAAGAUCAACCUUUUCCCAUAUGCUUGAUUUGCCGAACAGUAGCCUACUUCUUCAAGACUUCUUAGAGUGUGAAAUCUAAUCCAAGUGUUAGUGCAUUUUGCUGCUGGAAUGAUGACUCCUCUAGAAGCUGUCAAGAAGCAGCAAAAGUACACUAGUGUACACGAGGCAGUGAAAGCCGGUGAUGUAGAACAACUUGCGUCAAUGAUAAAAAGAGGAGCUAGUAUUGACGAGGUGGAUUUAGUCCACGAGUUCACACCUUUGCACUGUGCUGCACACUCUGGAAGUCUGGAGUGUCUUCACUGGUUGCUCUGGCACGGAGCUGACAUAACACAGGUAGCUGUCAGAGGCUGGACUGCAGCUCACCUUGCGGCUAUCCGAGGACAGGAUGCUUGCAUGCAGGCUUUGAUAUCAAAUGGAGCAAACCUAGAAGCUCGAGACGACCGUAGGUGCACCCCGGCACACUUAGCUGCAGCCCAUGGGCAGUCGUACACUUUACAAACCAUACUGCAAAGUGGAGCGAAUGCAAAUGUUUCAGACAGGAAUGACUGGAAGCCUGUUCAUUAUGCUGCUUUUCAUGGUCGCUUGGGGUGUUUGCAGCUUCUUGUUAGAUGGGGAGCAUGCAUAGAUGAUGUGGAUAACAAUGGAAACCUUCCAGCACAUCUGGCAGCAAUGGGAGGACAUCUGUACUGCUUUAAGUUCUUGGUCAGUAAAAUGGCCAGUGUCAUGGACAUGCUGAAAGCCAGGAAUGACCAUGGAGAGACUCCAAGGGACUUGGCUGAGCGCUUCUAUAAAGAUAAUAUUCUGCUAUAUAUUAACAGUAUGGAAAAAGAGGAGGAGCAUCCAGAGACACAGGAAGUUUUAGCUUUCCCAGCCCAUAGCGCUGCUUUCAAAGGGGACAUUUUGGUACUUAGAAGAUUAGUGAAAGCUGGAGUAGUCAAUAUUAAUGAGCGGGAUGAUAAGGGAUCCACUCUCAUGCACAAAGCUGCUGAACAGGGGCACGUCCAUUGCUUACAGUGGUUACUUGAAAGGGGAGCUGACUGUUACAUUACAGAUGAUGCUGGAGAGACUCCAAAGGAUGUGGCCAAGAGAUUUGCCCAGCUGGCAGCUGUAGAACUUUUGACACAAAGAACUGGAGACAGUAACUCCAGUGAUGAAGAACUAGAUGCAAACAAUGCAAAAUUUUUUGAAAGACAUGGUGUGGAAGGGAGUACGGAUAGCAAAGAAGAUUUAAUCCUGAGCAAAGCAGAGAAAAGGAACGCACGCAUAAGGGCCUAUCGCAAGAUUCAAGAACUUCAGCAUCUUCUAAAAAUUGCCUACGGCAACUACAGACAACUGGGAGGAAUAACGGAGGAGGAGAAGAAGAUGAAAAAAGAACAAAGGGAUGUUGAGGAGGCUGUGAAGGAGCUGGAGGCUCAGCUGGAAUUCGAGCGAGUCAGGCGGGAGAAGCUGGAGAGCCAGCUGGAUGACUACCGUGCUGAGAUAAGCCACCUGAGAGAGAGAAACAGGGCUGUGAAGGAGCUGGAGGUUCAGCUGGAAUUCGAGCAAGUCAGGCGGGAGAAGCUGGAGAGCCAGCUGGAUGACUACCGUGCUGAGAUAAGCCACCUGAGAGAGAGACUGGAGAAAACCUGCAAGCCACCUGCAGCCCUGAAAACUGAAACUAUCUCCAAUCCUCACAAAAAAGAGAAAAAAGAAAAAAAAAAAAAGAGUAAAAGAAAGUAAAGAAGAAACCAGCCUGCAACUCUGGCAGAGUGUUUGUGAGACCGCGCUGAGGACUGAACAUCAGACAAGCGGCUGGAAGACCUGAGGAGGUAGUGGCAAUAUUUUACACCGUGCAAAGUGUUUGCGAAGCCCAGUUCCACAGAUGUGCUGUGGUUCACUGAAUUUCAUUGAACUACUCUCCUAGUUUUCUGGCAUAGAAUAUACUGUUAGAUCACUGCAACAGCAUAAAAAACAAACCAAAACAACAAAAAUAAAAAAAAAAUAAAAUAAUAAAAAAAACCCACACUGUCAGACUUCUGUUCCUGUCCAGGUAGUAGUUAACAGUUUUACAAACUGUAGCAUUUGAGAGAAAACUGCAGCCAUGUCAUGGGACCUAGGGUUCGAGGAAAGUAUCCUCAUCUACUAGUCUUUGUACUACUGCCUUAAAGAAAUAAAAUAAAGCAUCUUACCUCAGUCAGAACCAGCAAGAUGGUCCUGAAGCAGUGUCUGGGGCAAGUACUUGCUGAACUGCGGGGACAGGUGCCAGGCCCCUCACUUUCCACCUUCAAGCCAUUCCUAAAUAAGCCCUGAAGCUAUUCCUUUGUGAGGUGCCAGAUAAACUGCAGCGGUGGGCCCCCGACUCUAAAUCAAGGCUGAGGAUGUCACUAGGUUACAGGGCAUGUUGUGGUUAGAAAUAGCAAUCCUGACAUCCCUGCCUAAAAAAACAUUUAAUGGCUUUACAUAUAAUACAGAUUUUUUUCUCUUAUCUGCAUGCUAUUGUGAAGUUAUUUUCCUCUGGAGCUCCCACCAUGCAUUAACAUUUUGGCUGUCUCUGUUCCAAUAAAUCUUUGUAUGAUAGACGGUAA